AUGGAGACCGAGCUGGAGUCUGUUAGUGGAAGAAGAGUUCGGGCUAUUGAGGUGUUUGCUUACGCCUUGAGGUUCUUCAGAGAACAUGCUUUAAAGCGUACAGAGGUUAGACCGCGUGUGGCUCGUCCAUUUUCUGUGGUUGUUGCUAUAGAUUUUGGCACCACCUCCAGUGGCUAUGCAUUCAGUUUCACAGAAGAUCCUGAGACCAUUCACAUGAUGAGACGGUGGGAGGGUGGCGACCCUGGUGUAGCCAAUCAGAAGAGUCCAACUUGCCUACUGCUGACCCCUGACCUCCGGUUCCACAGUUUUGGCUUUGCAGCUCGAGACAGCUAUCAUGACCUUGACCCUGAGGAAGCCAGGCAUUGGCUCUACUUUGACAAAUUCAAAAUGAAAAUCCACAGCACCAGUGAUCUCACUAUGGAGACCGAGCUGGAGUCUGUUAGUGGAAGAAGAGUCUGGGCUAUUGAGGUGUUUGCUCACGCCUUGAGGUUCUUCAGAGAACAUGCUUUAAAGGAGGUGAAGGACCAGUCUUUCUCUGUGCUGGAAGGUAAUGAAGUACGUUGGGUCAUCACUGUUCCUGCGGUGUGGCGGCAACCAGCCAAGCAGUUCAUGCGAGAAGCUGCAUAUUUGGCAGGUUUGGUGACUCCAGAUUCUCCUGAGCAGCUCCUCAUAGCUCUGGAACCAGAGGCUGCAUCCAUCUACUGCAGGAAGCUCCGUCUACACCAGGUCAUUGACCUCAGUCAACCACUAGUAACUAAUGGUUUAGAUGUGGACGGGUCCCGCCCUUUUGAUUCCAGUUUUAGGCAAGCACGCGAGCAGCUCCGCAGAGCCAGGCAUAGCAGAACUUUUCUGGUGGAGAGUGGUACUGGAGAAUUAUGGUCUGAGAUGCAGACAGGUGACCGGUACAUUGUGGCAGACUGUGGUGGUGGGACAGUGGAUCUGACAGUGCAUCAGAUUGAGCAGCCACAGGGCUCUCUGAAGGAGCUUUACAAAGCCUCAGGGGGUCCAUAUGGAGCAGUUGGUGUGGAUCUUGCCUUUGAGGCCAUGUUGUGCCAGAUCUUUGGGGCUGACUUCAUUGAGAGUUUUAAAGCUAAACGUCCAGCAGCUUGGGUGGACCUUACCAUUGCAUUUGAAGCCCGCAAGCGCACAGCGGCUCCUGGCCGGGCCAACUCAUUAAACAUCUCGCUGCCCUUUUCCUUCAUUGACUUCUACAAGAGACACCGGGGGCAGAGUGUGGAGACUGCCCUGCGCAAGAGCAAUAUGAAUUUUAUAAAGUGGUCAUCUCAAGGGAUGCUGAGGCUGUCUGCGGAAGCCAUGAAUGAGCUUUUCCAGCCGACCAUCAACAACAUCAUAAAACAUAUUGAGAACCUGAUGCAGAAGGAAGAAGUAAAGGGUGUGCGUUUUCUCUUCUUGGUUGGAGGAUUUGCAGAGUCGCCCAUGCUUCAACGCGCGGCACAAAAUGCACUAGGGCGAAACUGCCGUAUCAUAAUUCCACAUGACGUAGGUCUAACCAUCCUCAAGGGUGCAGUCCUGUUUGGUCUAGAUCCCACUGUUGUCCGUGUACGCCGUUGCCCAUUAACUUAUGGUGUUGGGGUUUUGAACCGCUUUGUGGAAGGCCGACACCCUCGUGAUAAGCUUCUCAUAAAAGAUGGCCGAGAAUGGUGCACUGACAUCCUGGACCGCUUUGUAAGUGUUGAUCAAUCGGUGGCCUUGGGAGAGGUGGUGAGGCGGAGCUACACUCCAGCAAGAAUGGGACAAAGAAAGAUCAUCAUCAACAUCUACUGCAGUGACACUGAUGACAUAACCUACAUUACCAACCCCGGGGUGAGGAAGUGUGGUGCCAUCACGCUAGACCUGCUUGAGUCAGGGGCAGUGGCAGCUAGCGCUGGUGAUAACGAUAAAGGAUCAGUGUUUGAACGCAGGGAGAUUCGCACGACGAUGCAGUUUGGAGACACUGAGAUCAAAGUCACAGCUGUUGAUGUGGCAACCGGCCAACUGGUGCGGGCAUCAAUUGAUUUCCUGUCCAACUGAUCCUAUUGUGCCGUUUGAGAGAACUGUAUUGCGAAUGUGAAGGACAUUUAACGACAGCUAAUCUCAUCAAUUAAUGCCUUAAAUAAUAGCUUUGAGGUUGAAGAUCUGGAUAUCCAAGGAUCGCAGAUAUAAAAACUGGAAGGCUGAAUUAUAAACCGGAACAUUACUGGGAUUCCCUGUAAUUGUGCAAAGCACUAGCUAUGAGGACUGUCUCUGAAUUAAGUGUACUGUAAGCUUUGGAUAAGAAAGAUUCUAAAUUAAUAGCAAUGAAAAUUUCAGUUACAUCAUGUGCCACAGAAAAAAAUAAAUAACUAGAACUUUGGAUGGGAACCGCAUUUACUAGAAUGAUCAAAUAAGCAUACAUUUAAAUUUUUUUAUUUGUUUCCUAUUAGUUUAGUAACACAGAGGAGCUAGUUUUAGUUCAGUUACUCCUUGUGGUGAUCAUCACACAUGCAGUAAGUAGACAUUAUAUUCCUUCUAAGUUAGCAGACACUUAGUAUUUUAAUUAUCAGAUAAAGCCACUUAAGGUUUUUUUUGGUAAACAUUCUCUAUAACUAUACACUAAUCAUUACAAACUUGUAUCAGGACACUCUUAAGAAUUUAAAUUAUAGUUGCGCCACCUGGAGGUAAGAAGAGGAAGUGAUCAGCUAGAAUGAUGUUAAAAGGAUAGUUAACAAAUUAAGUUCAAAAUUUCAGAUUUCCUACAGAGGUACAAAAGAGGUAGUUACAUUAUGGAAUGCAAUUUGUAAAAAAAAAAAUUAUACCUGAUUGUAAUUGUAGUUUAUUUGCUCUACAAAGAACCUGGUUGAGACAUUUAGGUUUUGUUUUUUUUCCAUUUCUUUUCAGGCACCAUUAGAAUAGCUAAAGCUUAUGAAACACUACCUCUCAAGACUUUAAAUUAUUCCAGGUCUAAACUAAAAGUGAUUAUGACAUUCAUCAUUGACAUUUGAACUUUUAGUCUUUCAUCUGCCUCAUAUGAGCAAUGUUGUUGGCUUUUUACCCAUCCAGGAGGUAAGAAAACUGUUGUAAUUUUUAACACAAACCUGCUUCAAAGAUGUUGGCAAUAUUACUAUUAAGUAUGCUGGACAUCAGUCUGACAUAUGGGAAUUAAGCUGGGCUUUAAAUCACAUCAUACUGUUAGCAUAUAGUCCUACAAUUUUGACUUUAGUUUAAUACAUACUAUGAAGCUGUUUGUAUACUAAUCACAAUGCCUGAAAAUAAAAUAUAUUUUCCUUUAGAUGUUAUAAUGCUUAAGAUAUUAAUUCUAAUGUCUGAAGUCUCU